AUGGAGCUCAUCGUUAAUACUCUCCUCCAUUUCCUUGAUGGCAUGGCUAGUAAUGCAGUGUAUGCUGCUGAACUACGUGGGAAGGCAUUAUGCAUAUCAGCAUCCUUUUCUCUCCACAAGAACGUCGGCAGACUCAUGGCGCAGGUUACUGCUUUGACAAGGGGCGAAGAAUAUAUCUAUCCUUCUCAUCGAGUUUAUGGUCCAACCGAAUCUGCGGAUACACCUGUCUGUCGUUACAGCAAAGUUCUUCAGGCCAUAAUGGCUGAUCAUCGCAUUAAGCCAUCUAUUUCCGACAUCAAAGGCCACUCCAUCCAGCUCAUCAGCAUCCUUGAUCCCGCCAUUGAGAAACUGCUUCAAGGGGAGAACUAUUUCGAGCUUCAUCAGGCCCUCAUUCGUGCUGAGAAAAAAGCAAAUGAAGAUCUGGCUGAAUUAACGAAGAACUAUGGAUACCACUAUGUAUUCAGAAUUGGACUGAUGGAAUAUUACAUGGUGAGAACCAUCGUUGAGAACAUAAAUUUCCUCAGACCAGAGUACCCCGGCGACGUGUAUCGAGUUUGUGCCCAAACUUGCCCGUAUGAUGCAAUGGAGAAACGUCUCAAUUUGAACGCUGCGGAGAAAGAGCUUAUCAUAGGUGUUGUUGAUUGUCACCCAGACGAUGCGCACAGAUUCUGGGACUGGUUGGAGCGCCACCACGUCGCUUAUAAUGUGAUGAAGGCCUGCAUUGCCCUACUGAACAAAAUGCAAUGUGCGCAAUAA